AUGAUUGUCCAAUGUGCUAAUGGGGGGCGCAUUAAUGAUGGUGAGAAUAAGAGUGAGGGUUCAGAGUUCACGAACAGUCGCGUCAUACGAGCCAUUCAGGAGUCGACGAGCCACAAAUUAGCCUCGAUCAAUGCCUUACUUCAAACUGUUGUACAAUCAGCGAAAACAGUCGUGAAGGGAACAGAGUCUCAGCGACGAUUUAAUGCUCAGUUUUCAGAAUUUUGUCGAGCUUCGCUGGUGGGAAUUGCGGACUUGGAAGAUGCCGUUUACGCAUUAGAAAAAACUGAUGGACUCAUUGAGAAUGAAUCACAUGAUGAACAAGGGGUAAAAGGCAUUAGGGUGGCGGACUUUGUAAAGGAGAUAGCGAAUUUUAUUGCAUCACAGACCAGUGUUCUCGGUGCGCAAUAUUUGGAGCAUGUGGGUAUGUCUGCUGUAACGGCAGCCUCCAAGACACAGCAACAGAAUAAUUCUGCAGAGACAAAACGGGGCACGAAGCGUGGAAGGGUUGAAUCUACUAGGCAACGGGAGGUGGAUAGUAAAAGCUCAUCUCGAAGACGAAUGGGGACAUCUCCUUCCUUGCUUUCCACGUGGGAAACGGACAUGUCCUCGCCGUCAUUACCACCGAACAAAUUUGGACGUGGAAGAGGUGGAACCAAAGAUAGUUAUCAUGAGACUGCAAAAUUGAGUGAUAUCCACGAAUUGUCUAUUUGGCUACAACCAUGGAAUCUCCCUUUGCCAAGUGCUCAUGGUGUUGCACUUGAUCGUGUGACGACGGAGCGUUCGAAGCCUCUAGCUGCGACUGAGGACUCUUCCAAACACCCUGAUGGAAUCUCAGUUUUUGACAUUUGCACUGCAUUGACUACGGCGGAGGUUCUUAGCCUUUGGGAGACUCGAGAGUCGUUGCUUUCGGUCGGCGCGGAUCGCACAAGUCUUUCUAGCCCUGUGCCUACGGAGACAGUUCUCCCACCCACCACUGAAGAAGAUGGGCCUAUGUUUUUCCCUAAAAGUAAUUUGACAGCACGUGCGUGGGUGCCCACGCAGGUUAUGUUGGAUCUGGUGCACUACGGCAUUUCUUCGCUUGGAAUGCCUUUUAAGGAUAUGGUGUAA